AGGCUGUAAAAUAAUUUAAAGAGAAUUACGAUACUGGAGGUAAAAUUCUUGCCCACUAAACAAGAUUGUCCACAGCAGAGCAGAAAGUGUCAGACCACGUGGUGUCCUCCAAGUGACCUUGCAUCUCUUGUGUUUCCCUUCGCUGGCGGCAUAGAGGAAAAGUUUGUCUAUACAAUUGGACCAGAAAGGAUACCUUACUAGAGCAUCUUCAGAGGGUCAGGGUUACAGCGCGCAAGCCAGCGCCACUCCCAGGAGCCUCACCGGCUCGCCGCUAUAAAAGCUGGGUUCAAAAUGAUGACGGCAUCAGUACCUCCCAACACAGCAACCAUGAAGUUUGUGAUCCUCGCUGUCUUGGCCGCCGUGUCCCUCGCCAACCCUGUGUACGAUGACUCCCACUCCCUCGAGAGCAGGGAGCACAUUCCCAUCCUGAAGGACGAGCGUGUCCACGAGGAUGACGGCAGGUUCAGCAUGGACAUGGAGACUGGCAACGGCAUCUCCUUCUCCAAGUCUGGCUCUCCUGACGGCCCCGAGGGCACUGUUGUCAUGUCUGGAGUCUACUCCUACACCGCCCCUGACGGCACCCCCGUUGAAGUCAAGUUCGUCGCCGACGAGGGCGGCUACCAGCCCGACUCUGCCCUUCUGCCCGUGGCUCCCGCCUUCCCCCACCCCAUCCCCCAGUUUGUGCUGGACCAGAUCGCUAAGGCCGCCCGUGAGGACGCUGAGCGCUCCUCCGAAGAGGGCUACUCCUACGCCUAAAUUCAAUUCUCUCCCUAUGUAAAGAGACCCUUCAUUUGUACAAUGUAUUUAUUUAUCUAUUUUCUGAAUAAAAGUUGAUGCAACUUC